UUCGUAUGAUUCGAGUCAAUGGAAUCAGAAACUCUUUUGACUCGUCGACUCGUAGUUCAGUUGAAACAGUGGUAUACUAAUACGGCUGCAGACAACAUCGUAUAUGGUCUGUACCGAGUUCGUUAAAGUGCCACGCAAAUCUAACUCAAACCAAUUGAACUGCUUACCGUCCAACUAAAAUCCCAGAACUGGACUGAACCCUACCUCACUUAACUUAGAUUUCCCUGAUUUGUUACCACCAGAAACAAAGCAGUUAAGCCCUUUUUUUGAGGAGAAGAUCUAGGGUUUUUGGAAAUGGAGAGUUCAGAGGAGAAGGUGGUUGCUGUGAUCAUGGUUGGUGGACCCACCAAAGGGACUAGAUUUAGGCCUCUAUCAUUCAAUACUCCAAAACCUCUGUUCCCUUUAGCAGGACAGCCUAUGGUUCAGCACCCAAUUUCUGCUUGUAAACGGAUACCCAAUUUGGUUCAAAUUUUUCUAAUUGGAUUUCAUGAAGAGAGAGACUUUGCAUUAUAUGUCUCUUCAAUCUCUAAUGAGUUGAAAAUGCCAGUGAGGUACUUGAAAGAGGAUAAACCCCAUGGUUCAGCUGGUGGCCUUUAUUACUUCAGAAAUAUUAUCAUGGAAGAUAACCCGUCGCAUAUCUUCCUGCUAAAUUGUGAUGUUUGUUGCAGUUUUCCAUUGACAGACAUGCUUGAGGCUCACAAAAGAUACGGUGGGAUGGGAACAGUGUUAGUAAUCAAGGUUUCUGCUGAAUCAGCUAACCAGUUUGGCGAGUUGGUUGCUGAUCCGAUCACCAAAGAGCUACUGCAUUACACUGAAAAACCUGAGACUUUUGUAAGCGAUUUAAUUAACUGUGGAGUUUACAUCUUUACCCCUCAUAUCUUAACUGCCAUUCAGGAAGUCUCCAUGCACCGGGAAGGCCAAGGUCAUAUUGCAGCUAAUAUACGCCAUUUGUCAAGCUUUGAAACCCUGCAGUCUCCAACAAGUAGGGCCCUUCCCCUAGAUUUUGUUAGAUUAGAUCAAGAUAUUUUGUCCCCUUUUGCUGGAAAGAAGCAGUUGUAUACAUACGAGACUAUGGACUUCUGGGAACAGAUCAAGACGCCAGGGAUGGCUUUAAAAUGUUCUGGUCUUUAUCUUGCCCAAUUCCGCUUUACCUCAUCCCAUCUAUUGGCUGGUGGAGAUGGAACUAAAAGUGCUUCAAUUGUUGGUGAUGUUUUUGUGCAUCCCUCAGCCAAAGUACAUCCAACUGCAAAGAUUGGUCCCAACGUCUCUAUUUCAGCAAAUGUUCGUGUAGGAGCUGGCGUAAGGCUUAUAAGUUGUAUCAUCUUGGAUGAUGUUGAAGUUCAGGAAAAUGCAGUUGUUAUUAAUUCGAUUGUUGGAUGGAAGUCAUCAAUAGGGAAGUGGUCUCGUGUCCAGGCUGAUGGAGACUACAAUGCAAAGCUUGGAAUUACCAUCCUUGGAGAGGCUGUAAUUGUAGAAGAUGAAGUUGUUGUGAUCAAUAGUAUUGUUCUUCCGAAUAAGACCCUUAACUUGAGUGUGCAGGAUGAGAUCAUUUUAUGACAGUGAGGCUUCUUCUCACAGCCAUCCUGAUCAUUUUACUUCCAGUUGGAGCAUAAUUGAGGCAGAAGUACAACUGUGGAAUAGAUUUACCACCAAAACCUUUUGAUUUAAGAUAACAGUUAUAAUUAUCAAUUUGAAGUUUAGAAAUUUUCGAAGUCGAAGAGAUAAUUCUUUUGGUUGCUUUUGAUCCUUACUGGUUGCUGCUCUUCUGUAUGCUUCUAGUUUGGUUCUGUUGCAAUAUGUAGUUGCUGUUUCCUUGGCUGAAUAGGAUGGCAAUUGCAUCCAAAUGAAAUAAAAUAGAACUUAGACAAACUCAAUCUUUCCGGGGAAAAUGCUCCAACUGAUUGUGUUAUCUAUUUGGAUACAAAACAUUCCUUGAAGAACAAAUAAAAAAUAGCAUAUUAUAUCA